AUGGUAGAGUUUGUUAAAUCCUUCAAGACGGAGAACCGCCAUUUUGUCGUAAAGAGCAGUCAUUGUAACCACAGUUCACCGGCACACGAGCAAGUGUGGGACAUACACGGGAAAGACUACACCUGCAGCGCUUAUAAUUUCUCCAGCGAAAAGACCAAGUUCCACCAAGUACCGACUAUCCAAGAUAUGGAGGUCGAGUGCAUUGAUGAAAUUCAGGGAGUGCUGCUUGAAUUGGACCAUGAAAGACUACUGGCCAUUACUGAACACCUCUCAUCUGUGGUUGGAGUCACAAAGAAAGAGGAUCUUGCCUUUCUUGAGAAGGCUGACUUUCAGGAAUAUUUGACACCAAUCCAGUGCCGUAAAUUACUUCAGGCCUUCAAACAAAGAGAACUGAAAGACAAAGUGGACACUGAAGUCAGCUCUGUGCCAAGUGGAAACGUGAUUCCUACCUCAUCUUUGGAUACACAGAGAGAAAAUGGACAGUCAUGUUUCACACCUCUUCAGACACAAUCAUAUAAUCCUGGAUCCACUCUUUUAAAAACACAAAAUUCUUGGAUCAGCCAGUUCCAAAUUCCGUGGGAAAAGAUGCCUGCUUCAUUGUCCCAGACAAUGUUAAGAGGCCAAAGGGCCAGCCCAGCAGACAGGAGAGCAAUGGUGCGGACUGUAGUGUCCACUAUGCAGCAGCAUUGUUCAAACCCCAACAGAGCUGCCUGCACUGAAAUAGCAAAAACUAUUGUUGCCAAAUAUCCUUUGACUUUUGCAGACAUGAAUGAAGAAGGUGAACAGAUUGGAAUAGGGUACUAUUCUCUCAUUAACCAGCUGAAGACAAGAGUUGAACAUGUCAACCGGAACAAUACGAGUGACAGAAUACGAAGACCAAGGACAACACAGUCCAGCAAUGCUGACGCUACAAUCAAAACGUCUCGAUGCAAACUGGACAGCUAUGGCUGCGUGAACUGGCAACCAAGAUGUCUCCCGGAUGGAGAGACGGCAGAUUCUUUGGAGGAGAGAAGAAAACAAAUGGCUGCCACAUUUCAGUCUGUUGGCCCUAGAGCUGCUGACUCACCAGAUAUAGACUUUUCAAUGGAUUUGACUUACAUCUAUCAACGCCACAUGAUUAAUGCUUGCCCUCCUCCAAGUGUCUGUGAGAUUGAAGAGCAAUGGCCAUUUCUCUUUACAAAAAGAGGACUCUGCAACCACUUCAAAAUCCUCACAGGGAUUGACAUUUGUGAUCGCCUUGGAGAGGCUCUUCAGACCAAGGGGAAGAAAAUCGUGCAUUUUUUCCGGAGCCACAGUCACAAUAAAGAUACUCAGCACAUUCUUCAGGAUUUGGACAGAAACACAACAAUGCAGCGAAGCUGUCAUGGUAUAGCAGCGAUGCUACUUCUGAUGAAAUGCUUUGGCGAAAAGGAGGAGUCCAUCUUCAUUUUGGUUGAUACAACUUCAACAAAGGCGUCCAUCGAGAGGGAGAGGGCAUUACCUCCAUCACCGAGACUGCUAAUGCUUGGAACCACAUACCUUGAGGCAACCAAGUGGAUGGUGAGCAUCGAGGGAAAGGUGGCCUACAUUUUAGAUGAGGACCUGGGUUUUGCAGAUGCACUUUCUGUGUUGAUGGCAAGCUUCUAUGCUUUCAAUGUGGAAUACCAGGAGCCGGCAUGUGCAACACUGGAGUUCAUUCAACGAUUCUUCUUAAGAAUCAAUCCUGAAGAUGGGAGCAAAUGCACAGCACGGACUGGAGUUAGUCGCAAGACCGGACAGUUGGUCAAAAGAAAAUCAGCCACCAUGAACCCCAGAGUGCUGUCCUUCCUUCGCCAGCUAACAGAGUUUGAGUGGAAGAACAUGGAAUAGGACCACUGGGGCAUCAGACGAGGGGACAACAUUCUGGCCAGGUUCUUCACCCAUCAGAAUCAGUAAAAAAAACAAGCAUUAUUUCAUUCUGUUCUUGAAAACUACAGUUUUGCAGGUUUUGUAUGUUUCCUGAUGCAGCAUAUGCUCAUAGAUUGCACGAUCCAUUGCACUGUUAUUACUUAGUUUAUUAAUUCAUUUAUUAAUUUGUUAUUGUAAUAUUUUUCAAUGCAGAUUUCUAACAGCAAAUGUUGCACUGUUACAUUGUAAACAAAUGUUUUUGUAUUGUGAAAAGCAAUGUAUUCUACUCUUUCAAUUGCUGAUCCAUUGAAAUUUUUUCUGUUAAAUCAGUGAGGAAAAACAUUUUGUAAACAACCCAAUUGCUCCCCUGCUCUGGUAGGAUUUUGUUUGCUUUAGCUUACCAUAAACAAUGUAAGUGAAUGUUAAUGGCUAGCAUUUAGCGUAAUAAAUAUUAACAGCAAAUUAAAAUAAUAACACAAAGGAAUAAUAGGAGCCUGUUUAGACCUCGUGCUACAUCACAACACAGCAUCGCUGUAAGUCGAUGUUAAAAGGCACAGUAACAUGUUGCAGUGACCAUAAAGCUCCCAGUUUGCUGUCUUAAAGUUUACUCUUAUAACAUUAACAACAUUUCACCCUGUGAAUUAUGAGAACAAUGAGUUUUGGGCUGCAGUGUCAUUAUCUUAUGCCUUUCUGCGCUAGCCGACAGCACAGCUAUAACUAGACUCCUGUAAUCCCUUUGUGUUCUUUAUUAAUGUCAGUUGAAGUCAUUAUGAUUAUUGAGGUCUCCAAGAAAAAUUAGGAUUAUUAUCGAGUAAUAUUCAUGACUUUUUUCACAGUAAAUGCUAGCUGUUAACAUUCACUUACAUUGUGUAUGCUAAGCUAAAGCUAACACUGCCAGAAAUGGAUGACUGAGCUGGUUACAAAAGAUUUUCCCCUACUGAUCUAACUCUGGGGAAUACAACAAAAGACUACAGUUCAUUUAUGGGUGGAAUAUCCCUUCAAAGAAACUUUGUUCGUGUACUGAACAAUUUCUCGUGUUAGUUACUGUUUACAAACUAUAAACUAAUCAAUACACUAUAUGUCUUAUAAUAGUAAUACUUCAAAGUUAAUGAGUAAAAGUUAGUUUGCCUGUUUCUGAUGUUCUAUAAGCUGUAAAAUGUUUUAUUUUUUCCAGUAAUGAUUUGAGGUGAAUUUCUAAUAUUUUGAAUGAGAUUUUUUUCUACAUAAGAUAACCUCUAAUGUUUUUUACGUUUGAGGUGUUCGAAAUAAAGAAUCCUAUGUUUUGUAAGAGAAGUUUGUUUUGAUUUAAUAUAGUUGUUUAAGUCAAUUUAGGAAAACUUUAAGAUCAUUCAUUAAACUUUAAAAUUAUUUUAUUACAAUUUUAAUUAUUAUUAAACAGUCUACAAGUAUGAACAAAAAAUGGUACAACACUGUACUGUAAGAAACAUUUUUUUACAGUAGUGGUCCUAUACCUCAUUUUAAUUUAUACAGUACCAUAACUGUUAUUUUACGGUUCUAUUACUGUUAUUUUACAGUAUGGUCUCAGUUACUGUAAAACUAAAAUACAGUACCAGUA